AUGGAGAGGGACAGAUUACCAUCGAGAUUAGAUAUCCUUAGCAGUGGAUUAAAAUUGGACGUAAGAGCACAUCAAAGAACUUACGAAGGAGCAUUUACUAGAUCAGCUAUUUCUUCACUAUCUUUUGCAAUUCUUAUUAUUAAAUUGUUUUCCAAGGAGUUUCUACCGGUAGGUACUGUUUAUACAGCUUAUGGAUGCUUAUUGUAUUUUAUAGGGGUUGUUAAGGCCGCAUCUGUUGAUAUUUAUUAUAACCCUAAGAAGGACAUGGAAAUGUUUAAAACUAGUGGUGACACUGUCUUGCUUUUAUCGAUAAUAAGUCUUGCUAGUUAUAUUGCAUUAUUUAUAUUAGUUUUAAGAAUGUGA